UUAUAAAAAAAGCAUUAAACAAAACCACCGAUUACUUUUUUUUGUUUAUAAACCUUUUCUCAACCUGCCUUUAACAAUUAUCAACAAAAUGAUUAAGUUUCGUUAUAAACGCAAAGAGCCAACAAAUAUUGUUGGUUCCAAAGACAGCAGCCUCAAUACAUCAACGAUCUCAACAAAAUCUACAAAUACAAAUACAACAACCACAGCAACAAACAAUAAAGAUGCCACCCAUAAUGAAGCGAAAGAGAAUUGUAAACCAGCCACCACAUAUCAGCAGCAACAACAACAAAUGAAAGUAAAUAACAAUGGUAACACCACAAAUGGAUCAACAGCAGCCACUGCUACCACACAACAGCAGCAGCAGCAGCAACAGCCACUAGCAACCACAUUAAAAUCCUCCAUACCAACACAAUUAAUAACAAGUGCACCCAUUAAUAUUGUCAAUUCGACGGCCCAGCAUCUACAGCAUCCCCAGCAUUGUCAAAUGGUGCUAACAGCCGGUACAGGUGGCACAUUGCCACGUAGUACACCAAAGAAACUGAUGGAUCCACGUGAUGGUCAUAAAUCAGCCACAUUAACGCGACAAUCGAAUACAUUGCAAAACAAUCGCAAACUAUUGACGUCAAUGGCAAAAGUUGCCUCCACCGCUGAAUUGGCGGUAAUGGGCUACACGAACAAACCAAACAGCAGCAGCAAUAACAACCACAACAAUAACAAUCAUCAUCAUCAUGGCAUGACAAGUAUAGCAAGUGGCAUAAUAUUGAGUCCAGAAUUAAUACAAGAUAGAGAUCGUUGUAUAAAUGCGGUUAUAGAACUUUUCCAACAGCUACAGACCAGCUCCGAGCCAGCCUUAUGUCCCGAACCUUUACGUCGUGCUUUGGCUUCUGGCCCCUUGGCGGGUCGUCGUUUCCCCUUGGGUUGCCUGGGCGAUGCUGCCGAAUGCUUUGAGCUGCUUUUACAUCGUGUUCACUCGCACAUUUCCUCGGAUGAUGGCGAUGCCUGUGAAUCACAGGCCUGCAUUGCUCAUCGCCGCUUUGCUAUGCGUGUCAUUGAGCAGAGUGUUUGCAAGUGUGGCGCCAAUUCAGAGCAAUUACCAUUUACUCAGAUGGUCCAUUAUGUUUCGGCUUCAGCCUUAACCUCACAAAAUUCAUUGGCUUUGCAAAAUCAUCAGCAAUUGACUUUUGGUCAAUUGUUAAGAGCGGCUGGCAAUAUGGGCGAUAUAAGAGAUUGUCCGAACUCUUGUGGUGCCAAAAUAGGCAUUUGCCGUGCUCUCUUAAACCGACCCGACGUGGUUUCUAUAGGCAUAGUUUGGGAUUCAGAAAGACCUGCAGCCGAACAAGUGCAUUCUGUUUUGAAAGCAGUAGGCACCAACUUGAGACUAUCGGAUGUCUUUCAUCAGGUCUCCGAACAAAGAUGGGCUCAAAAUGUACAACAUGAAUUGGUAGGCAUUGUUUCCUACUACGGCAAACACUAUACCACCUUCUUUUUCCAUACCAAACUCAAGGUAUGGGUUUAUUUUGAUGAUGCCAAUGUCAAAGAGGUUGGUCCCCAUUGGGAAGGUGUUGUAGACAAGUGUAGCCGUGGUCGUUAUCAACCUUUACUUUUGCUGUAUGCUGUACCCCAGCCUCAAUCGAAUAAUCCCAAUAAUAAUCCCUCCACACAAAUGUCUUCGGCCCAGUAUAUGCAAGAAUUGGCUCAUAACUCGCAAUCGCCUAAUGUUAGAAGAGCCAUAACACCCAGUCCCGAGAAACCACAAUUGGGCAAUACCAGACGUGCCAUUACACCCACUCCUUUACGAGUGCCCAAUGAUUAUCAAAAUCUAAGCGUUAUACAAAAUAAUAUUUUCCCCCAGAAUCCUCAAGACAACAAUGUGGCCCAUAUGAAUGCUCUCAACAAUGAUGAAACUGAUUCCUAUAUCAGUCGCAAAACCGUGGAACAUGUUCUAAAUGCCCAAUAUCAGAAUUUGAGCAUAAUACAAGAUAAAAUCUUCCAACAAGAUGAAAAAGAAAUUUCUGCCAUGACCAGUUAUCAUCAGCGCAAAUCUUUGGAGGCUGUUUUGAAUGCCCAAUUGGCACGCAAACAUCAGCAGCAUUUACAGCUGCAAAGAAGCCAUAGUGCAGAAUCCGGCCAUGUUUCGGGCUCCUCGGCCUCUUCUACAACAUCCUCUACCAAUUCUUCAUCACCUCCUAGUGAUGGCUUAACCAUACCAGAGCAUUUAAAUCAACCUAGACGCCGUGAUUCGGGGAAUUGGUCAGGUGAUCGCAAUUCAGCCAGUUCAGCUUCUUCCACUACCCUGGAUAAUCCCUAUUUGUAUAUGGUGGGCAAACAACGUUCGGCCUCUGCGGUGCCACAAAGUCCCACACGCAAUGGUUUGCCUUAUGAUCCCGGCUAUGAUUCAUUCUCUUUGAGUUCUACGGACUCUUAUCCACCCAAGCAUCCGUUGAAUCCUCAAUUGGCCAAAAUACCAGAAGCUUCUCCCUCCGUAGUUUUAACCGGAGACUGUGAGAAAUUGUGCCAUGAGGCUGAUCAGUUGCUAGAGAAAUCCCGCAUUUUGGAAGAAUCUCAUGAUUUAGAAACUGCUUUGGUGUUGUGUAAUGCUGCCGCCGGUAGAGCCCGAGCAGCCAUGGAUGCUCCCUACAGCAAUCCUCAUACCAUGACUUUUGCUCGCAUGAAACACAAUACUUGUGUGAUGAGAGCUCGUUCGUUGCAUCGCCGUAUUUUAAUUGAAAAGGGUGCCGAAAUGGAUGCCAUGCCCGAAAUGAAACACAUGCGUGAGGGUAGCACCAGCAGUGUCAUAAGACAUGUCCGCCAAAAUAGCAAAGACAAAACUUUGGAGAAGAGUCCGGCACAAACAGCCUUGAACAGCAUUAACUCACCCACAGCCAGCAACAAUAAAUCCAUAGAAAUUUAUGCCACCUUACCCAAAAAGAAGAGCCCUCUUAAGGCUUUGAUAACUGCCUCGGCUUCCAAUGAGGUAGACAAUAUAGAAUAUGAGCCAUCACCCUCCAAACCCGAAAGAGAAGGACGUUCUUUAUUUGGGCGCAACAGCAGCAAACAAGAUAAAGACAAAAGAAGUCGCAGUGAGGAUCGUAAUAAAAUCACUAGAGAAUUUUCGCUUACAGAGACUUUAUUGGUUAAUGCCAAGGAUACCCUGAAGAAGCACAAGGAAGAUAAAGAUGAGAAAAAGGAAAAGGAUAAGAAUGGCAAGAAGCAACAUAAAAUAAGACGCAAGUUGUUAAUGGGCGGUUUAAUUAGACGCAAGAAUAGAUCUAUGCCUGAUUUAACAGAGGCCGGCGAUGAGGUGGCCAAUGCUGCACAGGCUGCUAUUGCUGCAGCUCCUUUAACUGCUACCGUAGAUGAUUCGGUGGUAGGUUUGCAGCUUAAGAACUCCAUGAGUGGUUAUAUAUCAGAGGGUCAUUUUGAUUUCCGUGAUCCUGCAGCCAAUAAUGGCUCGACAGCCAAUCCCAAUUUGGAGAGAAGUAAAUUAAUGCGUAAGAGCUUCCAUGGCAGUGGCCGUCAGUUAACCGUGGUGGCCAAAGUGGCUCCACCACCACCACCCAUGAGAACCUCUUCAACUUUAACACAACAACAACUGCAGCAACAAUUGGCUUUGCAGCAGCAACAAGAUGCCGCCUUAAUGCAGCAUUUCCAUCAUGAGGCCAACUUAUCGAAUAUUUCGGCCAUGAGUUCGAACACCUCCAUAAGUGAGGAUUCCUGCCAGACCAUUAUAACAACCUGUGCUCAAGUGCAUUCCGAACAAAGUCCGCUUAAGGAGCAGCUGUACCAACAGCAGCAGCAGCAACAGCAACAAUAUAAAUUAAACCAUACUUCCGAACAGGCAGUAGAUGAGGUAGAUGGUUUAGUGGUUCCAUCACAACAUGGCAGACAAGACUCACAAGAUUUUCCUCCACCACCACCGCCUUUGGAAUUGCCUCCUUAUCCCAGUCCGCCACACUCCGUGUCUCAUUCACGCCAGGCCAGUGAAGAUUUUCCACCACCACCCCCCGAAAUUGACAUGGAACCUCUCAACCAACAAAUCAAUCAAAUUCAAGCCUUGGAGGCAGCCAACAAACAACAAAGAACCUUGGAGUCAAUGGAGGGCACCACCUCUAUAUUGGCCCAACUGCAGCAGAGAAAACACAUGAUGAACAUGCGCAAAGAACACGCCAAUACACCCACCUUUAAUCAAAUGAAUGCCAACGAAAACUCCUGGCUAAGAGAGCUGCAAUCUAAGCAAUUGCAAAGACAGCAAGAACUCACCAAUGUGCAAAGCAUGGCACAACGCUACGAACAACAUCAAUCACCCAGUCCUAUGCGAGCCUUUGGUUCUCAAGAACUUUUAAAUGCCAAACCCACAAAUGCGCGUAAUCAAAUGAAUGAUGAGGUGGAUUGUUUGCCUCAACGGCCACCACCACCAGCCUUGCAGCAGAGACAACAGGCCCUUAAUAACAUCUUACCCAAACCGAAAUAUGACAUCUCGCAAAACCAAAUUGCCGAGGAGAUCAGAGAGGUGGAGUUGCUCAAUAAUAUGGUGCAACAAACUUUGAACAGUGCCCAACCUGGUGGAAAUCCAGCAGCCCCGGUUAAAAGAGUAAAAAAGAAAAGUGUUUCUUUUUGCGAUCAGGUUAUUUUGGUGGCCACAGCCGACAAUGAGGAAGAUGAUGAUUUCAUACCGAAUCCUAUAUUGGAAAGAGUUCUUAGAACCGCCCAAAAUCCCAAUGAUAAGGUGACAGCACAAAUGAUACAGCAGCAGCAACAAAACAUUAUGAGACUACAAACAGAGGCUCCCACAAGAAAUAUACAACAUCAGCAAGUGACUGCAGCUAAUCAGCCACAACAAUCUCCCAUGUUGGGAGCAGAGAGAAGGGCUUCCUUGACCAGCCAGCAAGACAUGCAACGUUAUGUACAAUUGCAAAGACCACAAAUGGAGGCUUUAAGGCUGCAGCAGCAGCAAAUUCAGCAGCAACAGCAAAUGCAGCAGCAGCAACAACAGCAAUUAAUAAUGCAGCAGCAAAUGCAAAAACCCGCACAACAACUACCCACGGGCCAGGUUUACACACCCAUCAGCGACAUUUAUCGCCUGCAGCAGCAACAACAGCUACAAAAUGCUGCAAGCAAUACUAUGUCACAUCACAAUGAAGCACAAAUCACACAUCAACAACAUUCACAACAGCAACAACAACCUGCCCCAGUUAAUACACAAAUGGUGCCACGCACAAGUAUGAGCGGCAUCGCUAAUGUUGCCGCGCAGCAACAUAUGCAGAUGUUGGCAGCACAUACACUACAACAACAGCAGCAACAGGCGCAACAAAAUUACAACAUGGCUAGGCAGCAAACUGCCGCCCAACAAGCCCCCAACUAUUAUCCAGGCAUAGCUGGCUUGGAUCAGCCCUCCCAACCGGCACAACAACACAUACCCUCACCCUAUCAAAGAGUACCCCUGCCUCAUGGUUAUCCCACCAAUGAACCUUACCAACGAGCUCCCCAACACUUGAAUCCCGCCCAAGUCCACACACAGCCUAACAAUCCCUAUUUAACUUUGCCUCAAACCAACCCCAACCAUUUACAGAAUCAACCCACCAAAACUAAAAAAGUUAGUUUCGAACCAGGAACCAAAGGUGAAUCCAUGGAGUCCAUUAACAACAUCAAUGGUUUACCGCCCAAACCCUCUUUACUACAACAACAGCAGCAACAACUACAACAACAUGGACUGCCGGCAAUAUCAAAUCAGCAGCAGCAGCAACAACAGAUAUUACAAGCUAACACCCUGCCCUGCAAUGACACCAAUGCCGUCAAUGUCACUGCCAUACCCACCCGAGUCUACAACAAUGCAAUCGUCAAGGCUUCGGCCAAAGCAGCCGAAUGCAAUCUGUGUCGAAAGCGGCAUGUCAUAGCACCCCAACAAUAUUGCACCAACUGCGAAUACUAUUUGAAAAUGUUAAACAAUAGAAGAUAAGACCUUUUUUAAACUAAAUUUAAGUAUUUUUACUUUUUUUUCAAAAAAAAAAAACUAAGUUAAAAAGAAUCUCAUAUGAAGCUAGUAUCAACGAAAAUUUUCGCUAAAUUAAAAACAUACAUAUGUAAA